AUGCCCUUUAAUCUUUUACAGAACCCCAAAACGAAAGAGCAGAUUGAAAACUUGCUGCAGGCUGGAAAGCACAAGGAGCUGCGCGAUCGCCUCUGCAGCCGGCUGAGCUUCGGGACCGCCGGGCUCCGCUCGGCCAUGGGAGCAGGUUUCUGCUACAUCAACGAUCUCACCGUGAUCCAGUCAACCCAGGGGAUCUACAAGUAUCUUGAGAGGUGUUUUUCGGACUUUAAGCAGAGAGGCUUUGUUGUUGGAUAUGACACACGAGGUCAGGUGACCAGCAACUGCAGCAGUAAGAAGCUUGCCCAGCUCACUGCAGCAGUGCUCCUGGCUAAGGACGUGCCCGUCUACUUCUUCUCCACGUACGUCCCCACGCCCUUCGUGCCCUAUGCGGUGCAGGAGCUCAAAGCUGUUGCUGGAGUGAUGAUCACAGCAUCCCAUAACCCGAAGGAGGACAACGGAUACAAGGUUUAUUGGGAAAAUGGAGCACAGAUCAAAUCUCCUCAUGAUAAGGAAAUUAUAAAAUGUAUAGAAGAGUGUGUGGAACCGUGGAAUGGCUCUUGGAAUGAGAAUCUGGUAGACACCAGCCCCCUUAGACGAGAUCCUCUGCAGAAAAUUUGUGACUGCUAUAUGGAAGAUCUGAAAAAGAUCUGUUACCAUAGGGAGAUAAACAUGCAAACAAACCUGAAGUUUGUGCAUACCUCGUUUCACGGCGUUGGACACGACUACGUGCGUUUGGCGUUCCAAGCCUUCGGCUUCCAGCCCCCCAUUCCAGUACCUGAACAAAGAGACCCAGAUCCAGACUUCCCUACUGUCAAAUGCCCCAAUCCUGAAGAAGGGGAAUCUGUGCUGGAGCUGUCCCUGAGGCUUGCAGAGAAAGAAAAUGCUAGAGUAGUGGUGGCCACUGAUCCAGAUGCAGAUAGGUUAGCAGUGGCAGAGCAGCAGAAUGGCUGCUGGAAGGUGUUCACUGGCAACGAGCUGGCAGCUUUGUUUGGGUGGUGGAUGUUUUCUCGCUGGAAGGAAAACUGUGCCCAAAAUGCUGAUGUGAAGGAUGUUUACAUGUUAGCGACCACAGUCUCCUCGAAGAUUUUGAGGGCAAUUGCACUUAAAGAAGGAUUCCACUUUGAAGAAACACUCCCUGGUUUUAAAUGGAUUGGAAGUAGAGUAAAAGAUCUCUUAGAUAAUGGAAAAGAAGUUCUCUUUGCCUUUGAAGAGUCUAUUGGGUUCAUGUGUGGCACCUCAGUGUUGGAUAAAGAUGGAGUAAGUGCUGCUGUGGUCAUAGCUGAAAUGGCAGCUUACCUGGAAAGCAAGAACCAAACCCUAAAACAGAAACUCACCGAGAUAUACGAGACGUACGGAUAUCAUAUAACAAAGACUUCCUAUUUCUUGUGCUAUGAUCCUCCUACUAUCAAAAGGCUGUUUGAGAGGCUGCGCAACUUUGAUGGCCCUCAGUCUUACCCCAGGUUUUGUGGGGAUUAUAGCAUAUUACACGUACGAGAUGUUACCACUGGCUACGAUAGCAGCCAACCAAAUAAGAAAUCGGUGCUGCCGGUGAGCAAGAGCAGCCAGAUGAUCACGUUCACCUUCCAGAACGGUUGUGUGGGCACCCUGCGGACGAGCGGGACGGAACCAAAGAUCAAGUAUUACGCGGAGAUGUGCGCGCCGCCCGAGCAGAGUGACAGAACCUUCCUUGAAGAGGAACUUCAGAAACUCAUUGCAGCUUUGAUUGGGAAUUUCCUGGAGCCCGACAAGAACGGACUGAUCUGGCGCUCUGCGUAG